CAGAGAGGGAAAAAGGGGAUGGAGUGAAGGAGUGGGAGAGGGAGAAGAGGGAUGGCGAAGACGUGGACGCUCAGAUGUUCUGGGAAUGGAGCAGGACGUCCAGUUAAAGAGCUAAUAAAGCAAAGGACAUAGAGACGGGGGAGACAAGGGAGGAGGAGGAGGAGGAGGAGAAGGAGGGAGGAUGCAGGAAGGAAUACUAAGAUUGUGUCUUUGGUCAUGGAGGAUGGUCUGAUUCCCCGGCUGGAUAAAGAGACGAGGAAAAAAAAACAUAUGAAAGGAGACAAGUUCACGUUCUUCCGGGAUGAUUUUACUUUUUGAUGUAUUACAGACAGAGACAGGUGGGAAAAUGCAGAAUCCGCAGCCCCGGACAGUGACACAGACAUCAUGAGAUACUCCAGAGUCGGUCUCACGAGGCUUUAGCAGGACACGUUUGAGUUCGCGGAUGUGAAAAGGUGCGUUCUCCACAAUGACUGAUCUCUUUAAAGCGUCACAGGGACAAUGGAGGGCUCUGUGCCUGGGCUUCUGGACGUGGGCAAAUGAUUUGAAAUCCUUUAAGGCUGAAGUUGAAGAGAAGUUCCACCCAAGAGGAACCAGCUCAUAACGCCCGGAGAUGCAACAAGCAUCUUGGAGCACUUAGAAUUUUUUUUUGCCUGUGCUUGGUCAUCAUCUGAGCAGUAUGGUGCAAUCAUUUCCUCUCAGGAAGUAUUGAGAAACCAGAUGGAUGUUUGUGGCUCUGGAGCGAGGGCUCUUGUGAAGGAAGCUGGAAAGCACGCAACUCAUUGACUGAAACUAUCUGAGUAAAAUCUGGCCUAUCUGCAGCGUUGGGCAAGACUUCUGAAUCCUGCCAGGACAUUUCUCAUUCUGUGACUGCAUAUUCAACAGGAACCUCUCCUCAGUGUCUUCUGAACGUCUUCUAUUUCAACCUGAGAAGUGACAUUAAUUCUGCAACUACUCACUCUGUCCAUCUGCCCUUGAAGGUGUAAUAUAAAGUUUUCAUUUUAAGGCUUUCUAAUCCCCAGACACAGUUCUGCUCGAGGCAAAAAAAAAAAAACUCAAAUGCCUGCAUCUUUGAGCCUCUUUUAAACCACAGGAAACUUACUAAAGCCUUUCUAAUAACCUUUACGUCCGUUUAAGCCAACCUGAAGAUUAAAUACUUACCAGAAAACGGUAUGCAUUAAAUUUAAUAUUUCUCUUGAAGUCCUCCAUUUUUUUCCGUCUACCCUGCAGGCUACCCCUGUUAAUAUUAUAUUAUCCACCAGGGAUUUCCCUUGAAUCAAAGUUGAAACCUCCCGAUAAUGUUUAGACGAGAGUUUGAAACCUCUUUAAGGCGGAAUUUUCCAUGCAGCACUGAAUGAUUGAUGCAACCCCCACCAGACAUUGUAUAAAAUGUGGAGUCUGCCUUUAAGGUUUAAUGACCACCUCCGAUUUUCUCGCUUUUUGAUCAUCUUUAGCCGAGGAAGCUUUCUAUAAGCCCCGUUCUCCACCUGGGAUAUCUUGCUGAUUCAAAAUGCAGCAAGAAUUUACGAUUCACCACCCCAAGGACAUUGCCGCAAAUUAAUACACCAAUAAAUACCCAGUCAAAUAUCCUCCAAAGACCUCUUUUUGAAAGCUUUCCCCUCCAGAAUCCGCCCUUUGUGUCAUUAAAAACCAAGCCCCUCCCUGAUUCCUGCCAGUCAAAGUUGGUAGAAAUACUGAAGCAAGACAAAGAAAAUCUCUACUCUGCGCUCUCCAAAACGUUUAAACUCCUCUACAAGUCUGCAUAAAAGCAUCCACGUCGCUGUGUGUAAUUUGCGCUGAGCACCUACAGCCGGAGCAGGAGCACUGCAGCAUGGGACUCAGCUGCUUCAAGUCCUGGAAACAUGACAGUACAGGCCACAAAGGUAACAGAGACGUGCUGGCCAGCCCUGGCUCCUACUUCUUCCUAUCCAACAGCGCCGGUCAGGGCGAUGAGUGGUUGAAGAGUCUUAACAAAGGAGUCUGGAUCCCUUUCACAGGCGUAUUUGGUCAGCGUCUGGAGGAGACGGUGCUGUAUGAGCGACGCUAUGGGAUGCGCUUGGUUCCUCUGGUGGUGGAGCAGUGUGUGACCUUCAUCCGGGACCGUGGCCUGCAUGAGGUGGGCUUGUUUCGCCAGCCAGGACAGGCCAGUUUGGUGAAAGAGCUGCAACAGGCUUUUGAUUCGGGAGAGAGACCAUCCUUUGAUAGUAGCACAGACGUCCACACGGUGGCAUCACUGCUGAAGCUCUACCUCAGACAGCUGCCAGAGCCUCUGGUUCCUUACAGCCACUAUCAGGACUUCCUGCUCUGCAGCCAGAAGCUGUCACGGGACCGCACACUGGGUUUGGGGGAGUUGAGGACUCUUCUUCACGAGUUACCGGUUGCAAACUUCAACCUACUCAACUUCAUCUGCCAGUUUCUGAAUGAGGUCCAGUCUUACUCCAGCAGAAACAAGAUGAGCGUCCAGAACUUGGCUACUGUGUUCGGGCCAAAUAUCCUUCGAGCGAAAGCUGAAGACCCACAAAGCAUUGUGGGAGGUGCAGCCCUGGUCCAGGUGCUGAUGUUGGAGCUAAUCCGAGAGCACGAGUCUCUCUUUGCCAAAUUCCCUCCGCCCGUCUACACCCGUCCGCCGGGAGGCUCACACGCAUCACAGAGCCCUCUGAGGCAGCCUCAUCUCCACCCGGUGCCUUGCCUUCGCCAGCUGUCUCUGCCUCUCAUCACGGAGAGUUGCACAGAGCCAGGACAGCCUGCUGCAGACGCAGAGGACUCCGGCUGUGCCUACGCCGCCGCCGCCGCCAAAUCCGAUUUGUCCUCUGGUCAGAAGAAGAAACAUCUCGGCCAUCGCUACACCUCCUCCCACCCGGAGAACUGCUUCUACCCCCUGCCCUCCUCCAGUCAGCCCGUCCAGCACCACUCUGACAGACACAACGCAGAUUACCGCCGGUAUCCCUCCGGCCACGCUCUGUCCUCUGCGGAUGUCCAGUCCUCCACAACUAGCCUCCAGCUGCAGGACCCACUGGCGAGAUCAGCGCUCACCGGCCGGGCUAAGGCGUCUCCAAGCCUGGGAGAGUCGGGGAGCGGUUUUUGGAGGUGGGGCGGUGCGCGGGAAGGUGGUGCCGUGCCAGAAACGGCCAGUGGAGGCAGCAGUGAGGGCCAGGAGGAUAGCAGUCCUCCUUCUGCCUACGACAACCUGGACAGAGUGUCUCUGCAUCAGAGGUUGGAGGAUGUCACCGGCGGAGAGUUUGAAGCUGACUCUCCGGGAAGCCAUGUUGGAACUUGUGAAGCAGAGGUGGAGCCACGGGAACAGGGGAGAGAGAGAAGAGACUCUUCCUCUUCAUGGUCUUCCUGUGAGGUUUUACCACAGGAUGAGAACACCGAUGACGCAGAAGCAGGUAGUCCCAGCGUGUCACCAAAGAGACCUAAAAGGUUCCCAUCAAAUGAGGCGGCAGGGCAUGAAAACGAUGAUAAAGACAACAACAAUGAUGGUGAUGAUGAAGAACGUGACAAUAAUGACGUCCACCACCCCAACUCCCCAGCUUCCUGUUCUGUACUCAGCGACAGCUUUCUCAGUACUGGCAGUUCGGAGGUGUUCCUCCCCUCCGGUCCUCCGGAUCUCCAGGAACCUGAACCUGAACCUCAGCCACAGCCCAGAGAUGCUCACUCUCUCCUGGGAGAGCUGCAGCAGCAGAUGGCCCAGCAGAAGGCCGAAUACCAGGCCAGGAUACAGAGGUUGGAGCGCUGCAACGACGUCCUGGAGCGGCAGGUCGCUGUGCUGCGGGUCAGCCUGGAGCAGCAGAAGCGCAGCCAAAGCGUCGCCGAGGUCAAGAUCCGCAACAUGGAGCGAGCCAAAGCCGACGCCGACCGCCGCAACAGCACGCUGCAGAGAGAGAUGGAGAUGUUCUUCCAGAUGUACGGGGAGAUCAAAAGAAGGGGCGGGGGUGGGGGAGGAAGGGGAGGAGGAAGCAUCUGAAGACAGAUCAGCCUCAGACCUCGAAACGUUACAAUAAUCGCCUUGGUUUUUCUCAACUCAGGAUCCAAGCCACUGCAAAUUCCCGACCUCCGGGAGUGAACUGAAUGCUGCACCAAAUCCCGUCUUUGCUCUUAAAGUUUUCAUUCCAAUGAGUCGGCAUAAUCAGGAGAAAUCCCGGUGGACUUGAAGAUGCCACAUGAAGAUUUCCCACGUGGACUGCGUGCUUUAAUAAACGACUUGUUUUUUCAAGAACUGGAAUGACUCGCUGCGCGGGAUUUCCCGUGGACAUGAAACAGAGUGACACUUUUGUUCCUGCAGUUUGAGUGUCAGACACGGCAAAGACCAAAGGCCUGUUCACUCCGCAUGAAAACUCUUUACCAAUGAAACACACUUGACCUGAAAAAAAAAAAAAAAAAAACGUUCUCACCGAUUUGAUUCUCUGUAGCCUGUGAGAGAAUCUACACGCGAUGCUUGUUGACGCUGGAUGGUGAAUAGAGUCUCGCUAAGGGGCAGUGCUAAGAGGUGCCAUUCGAAAUCUGUUUUUUAAUAAAAAGUUUUCUAAAAUAACGAGUCGUGGACUUUCGUCUUUCCAAUGAGAAUGAAACAUUUAUUCAGUUCUUGUAAAGACAAUGAAAAUGUGCAGAGUACUACAAAUCAAGGAAAAUGUCUUGUUAUGAUCAACGGAAGAAAUAUCAAACAGUCAGUAUUACAGUCACGGUUAGAUACGGAGGAGACUCAGUUGUGGGAAUUCAGUCGGGGAGAGAUUUAAAGGGAACGGCUUCAACACAACAAAAUCAGAAACAGUCAUAUUCAGUGAAUAUCUACAGCCCCUUACAGCAGAACGUUUUGUUUUCUUCUGUGUCCUCUUUUAGGUUUGUUCAACGCAUGAUGACAUAAAACUGACGACAUCUGGACAAAAGCACAGCAGAGCUAGAGGAGGCAGAUCAAAUGAAACAUAACGGAAAGAAUUUGCAAUCAGCCAGGAGCUACAUGUCAUUUGUUUACCUUGCAGAACCUUUGCAUAACAUCAAUUUCUAUCCAUGGGUCCGCAGACAGAAAACUUAAUUACCUCUCGCGGUAAGGCCACAUCUUUUCUCUCGGGGUGCAGAACGUUUUUUUUUGUGUGACUGAAAACACAUCUUUAAGAGACCAGAGUAUGUACACAGCAGCUUUUAAGAACCAAAACUCUACAAAAAUCCUUCAUAUUUAACAGUGAGAAGGCAGACGCGCUAAAUAAGCUCACACAUUGAAAGAUAUUUUCUUCUGUUUGUCUAUUUUGAACACACACACGCCACGCUGGGCAUUUGAUUUAGUUUUUUUCUUCUGAUUCCCAAAAGAAUUAAAUCUGCUGCCACCAAAGUCAUGGAAAAUCUAUACAUUAAAACAUCUAAAAAACAAA